CAUACAUAGCCGCUCCAAUCUGCUAUAGGCUCAUAGACCGUUUCAUCAAGACAAAGAAUAGACAACUCAGUUCCGUCCUCGAGAAGCAACCGUUACAAGCCGAAUCGGCGUGUCAGUAUGGCGACCUGCCUCUUGCAUAGUCGUCGGUACCGCUCAAUCAUUGAAUGCAUGUUGAAUAGUGGCAAACUCGCGUUGACGGGCGCGCAGUGCGCGUUUGUGAGAGGCCGCGAGGGAGGCCUCUGCUCGUGCGUGUCGGCAACCGCUGUCGUCGACACCGAAACGCCAGCCCAAGAGUCGGAGCCCGCCGACGCUACAUUGUCAUGCGUCUCCGUGGACUCCGCACAAGCUGAGGCCGAGGCUGACGGCGACUGGGUCGAGGUUCGCCAUGGCCCGCAUCCCGAGAGGUUCAACAUGACAGAAGCGCAAGUUGCAGAGGUGGCCGCCGUGCAAGCGCGACUCGAGGCCACCGCAAGAAAGGAGGAGAGCGGCGCCUGGGAGCGCUUGGCCCCCUACAUUGCUGCCCUACCGCACGCCAUCCAGCGCGCCUGCAUUCCCAAGCCGGGCGCUGAGGCUGCCGCCAAGGCCAGAGCCGAGAAGCGCGCCGCGCGCAAGCAGAAAGACCGCGCCCGUGUCAUUGUCCCUCGGGUGCGUGGCGGUGGCCGCCGCGGCCGCCGCCUGUAUGCCGCGCCCGCGGCACCAACCGCUCCCGCCAAGCCGACCGGCCCCUAUGCCACUCUGCGCUGGCCACCGCGGCGUAUUGUCGGUACGGCACUUAAAGCCGGCCACACGCCGGUACCGCCCAAGGCCGUCGCUUUCACUGUGAACACGCCGCGGGAGACCUACUACGAGCCUGAGCCCGAGCCAGCCUCCUCUCUGGUGGACUCGUACUACCUGGAAAUGUCGGAGGAUUACGAGGAGAAGCUGAUGAAGGGCGCCCGCGGCGCCAAGCGCCACGCCGCCACAGCCGGCAAGACGCUCGCCGGCGCCAGCCACCACACCAGCCACGGCCACAAGCGCGGCGGCCGCGCCGGCGGCCUUGUACUGCGCCCCAUAGCGGAGGGCGAUGGCAGCUUUGCGGUUCGCAUCGCGCACCCCAGCGAGACGCGGCUGCAGAUGGUGCGGCCGAACGGGUUUGGCCCGGCGGGCGAUGCGCGCGCGCGCCGCCAGCUGCACCGCUCCUCGGCGGCCUGCCGCAGCACGUGCAAGGCUGACGUGCCCGUGGCGGAGCUGUGGCCGUAUUUGUAGCGUGCAGGUAAUCCGGUAACUUGUAUGUGGCGUGAGCACCUCAAGUGUACAAUUAUCUGGGACGAAUUUUGGCCUUACGCACGAGUGACACGUAGCCCCGGCGUAGGCUGGAGUCGUGUGUGUUUUGGUGCCUUGCACGCACGUGGCCGCGUUCACUGGCUGGAAGAGGUACAGUAUCAUCCGUUCAUACAAGCGUGGAUGGUAGGCGUUGUCAUGCAAUUCAUCGAAUUUACGAACAAACAUGUCAUAGCAAUGAGCUGAGCGUUGCACGGCUGCAGCCGCAGUGCCCAGAUGGGCCUGGUGUGCACAGUAUAACAGCAUGAGGCGGUUUGCGCUCGGUUGCUUCAGAUUCUUUGGAGCGCGCCGCAUGCACGGCCCACUAAAGCUGAGCCGGUCAUUGAGAGGUACAAGGCGGUCGUUUAUAGGUUGAUUGCUUGACCGAAACAGCAGACACACAUGGAAGGGAGGCCGGCAUGCUUUUUUGGGGGCGCGAAUGCGGUUGCUGCACAGUGCUUAUGCCAGGAUCUUGUUCAUCCAGGUUCAUCCUUAAUGGUGGUGUGGGCAGGACGGCAGCCAUGAGGCAUGAGAGUAAAUGGCUGUGAGCCUGCAUGAUCAUAGAUUCAUGGCUGUGCGUCAUACAACAGAAGGCUGGCAUUUCGACAGUUGUGUAAGUUGCAGAUGGUGGAUAAGGACGUUAGUCGAGGCCUGGAGAGGGCGCGGUGCGUGGCGCGCUGCUGGCUGAUGCAUAAAGCCUUGGCUGCUGGGUGAGGUACUGCGGCAAGUGGCCGCAUGCAUGUAACCCUGUAAUAACUGCAAAUG